AUGAUGGACAGUGGGGUCAACUGUUCUGCAGUGUUUGGCAGCUGGCGCACAUCACCGCCCCACACGCUGUGCUGCAGACCUACUGCCAUGGUCCCUCAGAGACACCCUUCCCAUCUCCUCCUUGGUCCUGAGUGCAUUCCCAGGAUAGACAGAAGAAAACCAAAACGUGGAGACCCAAUUGAAAUUUUUCGCGGUGGCUUUGAGCACUGGGCCAUCUAUGUGGGAAAAGGUUAUGUGGUGCAUCUCGCUUCACCAAGUGAAGUGGCAGGAAGUGGCGUGAACAGCUUCACCGUCCUCGGUGACACAGCCAUAGUGACGAAGGAGCUGCUGUCCGUGGUGGCUGGAGGAGAUGCGUACCGGAUCAAUAACAAGAACGAUGAGGAGUAUGACCCACUGCCGCCUCAGAAAAUUGUCCAGCAGGCAGAGAAAAUGGUCGGGAAGGAAGUCUCCUAUUCAGUGACCAGCAACAACUGUGAGCACUUUGUGAAUGCGCUGCGCUACAGAGUUUCCCGCAGUGACCAGGUGCUUAGUGGAAUCAUCACAGCUCUUUAUUCGGCUUGUUUUUGGUGCUCCAAGAUUCCUCUUUAGGAUGGGGGCCGGAAUACUGCGGAACAACCAGUAAAUCCAAGGCCUUAGGUUGGCGGCACCAGUUAACUCUGGGGGAUUUGAGCAAGCUGGUUUACAGAUUUCACUCUCUUUUGUAAUCAUGAACACUUGGGUUAGUGGAGCCGAAUCAAAGCACAGGAAGCUGUU